CGUCGCUUUUUUGGUCAAACGUUCAAGCGCUCUGAACUGCGAUCGCACUACCAGCCAAAAACACAGCAAAAUCCUCGCAGCAUCCGCAGCAGUGUAAAGUGGUUGCGUCCAAAACGGGUCGACCAAAGCCGACUCGGAAGUGUACGGAAGUGUCGGAACGUUGCAGCUGUCAAUUGAUAGCCGCCAAGUGGUCACAAAAAACCCCCAUCGGUCGGUGUGCGUACGCUUUUGGGUCGUAUCUGAGAGCCAGUGCCGUGGUCGUUAAUCGUGUUGCCGUGAAGCCCUUAAUACGCCUCAACCACGAUGCUGAAGUACGUCACCGUGUGCUGUGUGUUGGCCUGUGCUGGUUUCGCCGUGGGGCAGGAAAUUCCCCCCUACAUCAAGCAAUGCCGCCGAUCGGAACCAGAUCUCCCCGACUGCCUCAAGGGAGCCCUGCAGCACCUGCGCCCGUACCUUUCCAGUGGCAUCCCCGAGAUAAAGCUGCCCUCGGUCGAACCGUUCGUGAUGGAUCAGCUGUCGCUGCAGCUGACCGGAGGACCCCAAGGAUAUCGGAUCAACCUAAAGAACAUGGAAGUGUUCGGUGCGAGUAACUUCACCGUCCGGUCGAUCAAACUCGCCGACGGUAACAAACCGUUCGAAGCACGCCUGACUAUUCCGCGAUUGACGAUCCACGCCAAGUACACGAGCAGCGGCGUGUUGAUCAUCAUCCCGGCCAGCGGUUCCGGUGACUUCGAUGCCGUGUUUGAUGGAGUGACUGCCGACGUGAAGGGUCUAGUUUCGACGAACGAAAAACCGACCGGGACGCAUCUGCGCGUCGACAAACUCGAUCUCAACCUGUCGAUCAAGAAGCCGCGCCUGAGCGUGUCCAAGAUCUUCAACAACAACCGCAUCCUGACGGAAGCGACGAACCUCUUCCUGAAGGAGAACGGCCACGAGGUCCUGCGUGCCCUUCAACCGCAGCUGCAGAAGAAGUUGUCGUCCGAGUUCACCGGCAUCGCGAACCAGCUGCUGGACAACGUGCCGCUGCACUUCUUCGUCGUGGACUAGACUCCCUCGGGUUCCGGGUUGCAGGUUUUCCAGGGAAAGGGCACUAUGUGAUACUGUUGUUGUUAGCCUUAAUCUUGAGCGGGCGCCGUUCGGACGCUGAGUUUGUUUCACGCGUUUUCUAUCGCGGUUCCAAUUGCUUUUGGGAUGUCCCUAGCGCUGGCGGUGUGCGACGAGUGCGCCGUCAAACGAUCUUUCCCCUGCAGUACAAAAAAUAAAAGCAAAAAGCAGUCGUUCGAAAUUACUCAUCUUAUGAUGUCGCGGACGCAGUUGGAUUGCGCAAUCGGGCGCAAUCGUUGUUAUUCGGGUUUUCAUAUGAGCGAGUUGCGCAAUCCUAUUCAACGAUGCGAAGAACUUUAUAAUAAACGUAUUUUUAUGAA